GGCCUGAUGGCUCCAUGCUUUAGAUGCCCUUAUAAGUGUAGUGGUGAUAGAAAGACUAGCUUAAAAGAAUGAAGCCGUAUGACGUUGUGCUAAAAUAUGUGGGUGGAGAAGGAGUUGUCUCAUCCCAAGCAAAGCUCCCAUUCGUUGGGGAUGGUCUACUGCAUGAUGAUUGAUUUAGCCUAACGUUAUGGCAAAUCCAAGAUCGUCGAUUAAUUCGGAUUCGAGCUGGGCAAGAUUUAACAGGCGGCAAAGUUCUCUUUUAUGAGUUUUAACAGAGCUGUAUUUUCAGGGUUGAAACCAAAAACUCUGGUUAAACUGAAAAAGUCCUUUGUUAAUUUAUCUACCCGGUCAUAUAAGAAAUCAUGUAAAGGAAGGCUUCGCAUGCUAAAGUGUGGAACCAAUUUGUUGUCCAUUAAUCUGCACCUUUCUCUUUAAUGUUUGCCUUUUUCUUGAGCACAUAAAGACUCUCUCUAGCCAUUGUUGAAUCAACUGACAAUUUCCUGCAGAAGGUGAUACUCCAUGGUCUGGGGUGGGUGCGCUUUGCCCAGUUGCCCCUCCAAUUACAAAAUGUGCUAUGGUGGUCUCAAGGGUAUUUCUGUUCAGCACUUAACAGAGAAGGGUGCUUUCUUUUUCAUUUUGCUGGAACUGUAAAGAGAUGGGCGUUGUUGAAGAAAACUAAAAAUUAUAG